UGAAAGUAAAGUUAGUCAGAGUGUGAGCCACGCUGCAGUGGAGACAAGUCUCUGUUUCUCUCUGAAAGAAAAUUCACACUGACUUCAUCAGGUCUUUGUCAACAACACAGCAGAGUCUCUGCCCAACACUGAUAUGGCUGCUGCGAACUAUCUGCCAUCUGAAGAUCAGUUUCUGUGCUCCAUCUGUCUGGAUGUGUUCACUGAUCCUGUCAGCACACCAUGUGGACACAACUUCUGCAAAAACUGCAUCACUGCACACUGGAAUAUUAGUGACAGGUGCCAGUGUCCCUUAUGUAAAGAGCUUUUUACCACAAGACCUGAUUUGAGGGUCAACACUUUCAUCUCUGAGAUGGUCGCUCAGCUCAGACAGUCAGCUCAACAGAAAGCCAGCAGCAGCAGCUCACAGCAACAAGUGUCCACACCAGGAGAAGUUCCCUGUGACGUCUGCACUGGAACCAAACUGAAGGCCCUGAAGUCCUGCCUGGUGUGUCUGGUCUCCUACUGUGAGACUCACCUGGAGCCUCAUCUGACAGCUUCACGUCUGAAAAGACAUCAGCUGAUCGACCCUGUGGAGAACCUGGAAGACAGGAUGUGUACGAAGCACGAUAAACCUCUGGAGCUGUUCUGUAAGACCGACCAGACAUGUGUCUGCAUGCUCUGCACUGUUUUAGACCACAAGACACAUCGUGUUGUUCCUCUGAAAGAAGAAUAUGAAGGAAAGAAGGCUGAGCUGAGGAAGACAGAGGCUGAAAUUCAGUUGAUGAUCCAGAAGAGACAACUGAAGAUUCAGGAGAUCAAACACUCAGUCGACCUCAGUAAGAAAGAUGCAGACAGAGAGAUAGCAGAAGGUGUUCAGGUCUUCACUGCUCUGAAGGAGUGUGUUGAGAGAGGCCUGAAUGAGCUCAUCAAAAUGAUAGAGGUGAAGCAGAGGUGGACACAGAGACUGGCUGAAGCUUUAAUUAAAGAUCUGGAACAGGAAAUCUCUGAGCUGACAAAGAGAAGCACUGAGGUGAAGCAGCUCUCACACUCUGAAGACCACCUCCAUCUUCUCCAGGGUGUCCAGUCCAUGAAAGCGCCUCUACUCUCCAAGGACUGGACAGAGGUCAGCAUCUGUCCACCAUCACUUAAGGGAACUGUGGUGAGAGCUGUGUCUCAGCUGAAGGAGACACUUAAUAAAGAGAUCAAGAAGCUGCUUGCUGAGUCUGAGCUGAAGAGGGUCCAGCAGUAUGCAGUGGAUGUGACUCUUGAUCCUGAUACGGCAUAUCCUAAAUUCAUCCUGUCUGAUGACAGGAAACAAGUGAAAUAUGGUAAUGUGAGGAAAAAUCUCCCAGACAACCCAGAGAGAUUUUCUGAUGAUGUCUGUGUCUUGGCAAAACAGAGUUUCUCUUCAGGCAGAUUUUACUUUGAGAUUCAAGUUAAAAAAAAGAGUGAAUGGGCUUUGGGAGUGGCCAGAGAGUCGAUCAACAGGAAGGGAGACGUCACACUGAGCCCUCAGGAUGGUUACUGGACUAUUUGGUUGAGAAAUGGAAAUGAGUAUGAAGCUCUUGAUGCCCCUCCAGUCCGUCUCUCUCUGAAGUCUCAGCCUCAGAAGGUGGGGGUGUUUGUGGAUUAUGAGGAGGGUCUGGUCUCCUUUUAUGACGUAGAUGCUGCAGCUCUUAUCUACUCCUUUACUGGCUGCUCCUUCACUGAGAAACUCUUCCCAUUCUUCUGUCCCUGUCUUUAUAAUGGUGGUAAAAACUCUGCACCUCUGAUCAUCUCUCCUGUCAGAGUAAAAUAACCACUUAUUUCAUGUACUGAUUUAUUUCUAUUCAAAGAAACAUGUAUUGUGAAUCCUGUAUAGAUCACAUCUUAUUUUCUGCAGAAUCUGUUCACUGUGCUGAUGUACACUUCAUUGUUAAGAUGUUUUAUUGUUUGUAUCCCAUCACACAGGCAGCAUGUUAAUCUGACACUUUCAUGUCUUCAACUCUGCAUCAUGACACAAACUUUAUGUGGAGAAUAUCUAUUUAAACCUGUGUUAAACCCACAGACAUUUACUCUCACUGACAGAAGAAAUCACUGUUUGUAAAGACGCCAAAUAUGUCAGGCUGCAGUUUGACUUUGAACAAAUUUUUCUUUUUGAUUUUUUACUUGAUUAAUUUGUCUGGGAAGUGGUUUGAUAAUUACUGGUGACUUUGGACAGGUUUAAUGUGUUUUUGGAUACUGGUGAGAUGGUUUAUGAGUCACAGAAAUCUGUAAAUAUCUGAUUGUUCAGUAAAAUAAACUAGUUGUUGAACACA